GAAAGGAAAAAAUAUAAAAAAAUCUAAACCUAAAAAUUGAUAACCAUACUUGAAAUUCGCAAAUGAAAAAAAGCCAAAUAUGUCUUCGUUGCAAUUUGUAGUUUAUCCUCUUCCAGGAACUGAGGAUCAAUUAAAUGAUAAAUUUCGUGAAAUAUCGGACAAACUUAAUAAAUUUGGUUCACCAGCUUUGCAAGCAUUACAGUCCUUAAGAGUUCCUGUUAAGCAAGUUGUUAUAGGUCCAACACAUUUAGGAUUACUAUUAGAAGAUGGUAGAGCAUUUAGAGUUGCUUUUUCUAUUAUCUCAGAACGUUUAGAUUUAACCAAAAAUGAUGCAAAUAAAAGUGGAAAUAAUGCAUCUUUAUCAUCUAACAACUCGAAAAAUUCACCAGGAACAUCAUCACGGCAACUAGCAAGAUCAAGAACAAGGGUAAUGCGGACUGCAAUUAGAAGUGCAAGUGGGGGACAGAACUCUGGAUCUCGAAGUACGGGUGUAAUUAUUGGAGGAAGUUCGUCGGGCAGGUCAUUGGUUACGGUUCCAGCACCAUUCGUUCCUGAUGAACUGAUCAAUCAAGCUCAAGUUGUCUUGCAAGGAAAAAGCAGAAAUCUAAUCAUGAGAGAAUUACAGAGAACAAACCUUGAUGUAAAUUUAGCUGUUAAUAAUUUGUUAUCUCGGGACGAUGAAGAAGGCGAAGAUACAGAAGAAGGUGGAGAUCAUUAUGUUCCCGAAGAUUUAAUAUCAUUAUUGGAUAAUGGAUUUCAUGCCGAUAAUAGCAGUGUUAUAAUUGAUCCUUCUGAUGGUCUUUUCUCUGAAGAAAUGUUUAGUAAUUAUUCCAGCAUAAGGAACUUGUUAUUUAGCCGUAUACGCAGUGAACGAAAUCAACCUAAUUCUGCUAAUACUAGCGGCACAGGAACAGGAAGUUCAACAACGGAUGGUAAUGGUGGAACUAGUGGAACAUUACGAUCAACAGGAUCUUCUACAAACUCAAGUAGUGGGGUUUCUUCAGGUUCAACAUCGUCUGUUCCCCCUGCCAGUGAUCGUGAUGCAUUUAGUCGUUGGAGAGAUAGACAAUACUAUGGUCCAAGGAGAUGGUUUGCGCAAAAUGAAUCAGGGUGGGAAAAGGAGUCAGACGUAAAGAAAAAGGAAACUAAUGCUGGUCCACCAAUAUGGAUUUCUGAUGAGCUCGAGUCUUGGCCAGAGAAAGAAGGUGUUCCAAUACGAUUUAAUCAAAUAGUCGCUUUAUAUUCUGAAUUUAUUGGAGUUUCUGUAAAGGGUGAAUUACAUCAAUGGCGUUGGACUGAUUAUGAUCCAUAUAAAAGCGAGACACCAGGAAUAUAUCACCCAAAAACUUCGCAACUGAACUUAUAUGAAAAGGUUGUUAACAUUUCUGCAUCAACCAUACGGUGCUCUGUUUCUACAGAAAACAAUCGUGUGGCAACUUGGAUGGAUGAGCAAUUGGGAUAUGCUGGAACAAAACUUGAACAUACAGCUAUAAGCUUUCCAGAAUUUUCUCAAGAAAAUAUACAAUCUUUAUACACAUGUCCAUUGUAUACUGUAGCUCGAACAGAAUCAAAUUCUCUAUUUUGGUGGGGUGUUCUUCCAUUUGGACAACGUAAGCGAUUGUGGGAAAAAUAUAAAGCUAAAACUAGAAAACCCGUACGUCCAUCUUCGCAGAAUCCAGAAAUCACAGUAGGCUCCCAAGUUAUUAUGAAAAAGUGUCCAAUGUAUCAAAUGGGAUCAAUAGGAUUUACAAUUUCGAACGGAGUACCAAAAGUUGGGCAAUUAUUAAAUGCAGCGUGGGAUUUAUCGGAUGUAUGCCGUUUCAAAUUGAUUAACGUAAUAACUAGUGAAAAGGACAAAUCCGUCAACACAAUAAGUAUAUUGGGUGGUGAUAAAGAGAGUAGUGCUAUUAAAAAUAGUUCAUCCCAAUCAUCCACUGCUACAAAACAAACAAGUAAUACUACUAAUAAUAAGGAAAACGCCGAUCGUAUAGAUAUGCCACCGCCUCCAUCACCAGCAUCUAGCACUUGCAGUGACACGGGAAGCGUUACAUCUCAUAAACGAGCAAAAAGAAUGACUCCAAAGGAGGAAGUUGAAUCUAAAAAGGAUGAAGAGUCUUGGAUUUUAAAAGACGUAGUCUUUGUCGAAGAUCGCAGCGGGCCAAUUGGCAGAGUUUUGAAGGUUGACGGAGAUUUCGUAGCUGUGCGUUUUCCAAACACAUCUGUCAAUCAAACGGAAAGCAAAGACGAUGAUUGGCAGGAAUGUCGUUUACUGCGUCGUGAUGAUAUUCAAGUCAUUAAAUCUGGAACAACAUCUAGAAGUCCGGAUUGUUUUCAAAAAUCUCCCCGGAGGAUCUUAUUCGUAAACGGGAGUGGUAAUGAAAAUUCCCAAAGUCAUUUACUAACACUCUCUGUAGAUUCGAAAGGGGUUCACGCGAUAAUGAAAAUUGGAUCGAAGUUACAUUAUUGCCUUUAUAACUUAAAUAAUGGUAGACAGGAGCAGGAUAGUUUAUUUCCGACAGAUUAUAAUACGUUUGUUGGACAUUCGGUCGCCAACGUAAAUUUAUCAUCUUGUAGUGAUUGCAGUGAAAACAGUGUUGUUUUAUUACGUGAUGGAAACAACACAAUAUAUCCCUUAUCAAAAGAUUGUGUUGAAGCAAUUAAAGAUCCUCAAUGGUUAGACCUUCCACCAAUACGAUCAGUUGCAAUGGCAUCUUUAUCAGUUCCAUCAAUUGGCAUGAAUCUAAAGACUCAAGUGUCUUUGAUAGCAUUUUUAACAGAGCCACAACAUUUAAUGCCUCGAAUAUUACGAUGCGAUUCAAAAGGCGCAACAACAUUUUUAAGUCAGUUAGAAAGCGAAUUUAGAUCCCUAUUGCCAGCUGUAGUUAAUGAGCGUUGCGAUGGUAAUCGCAAUAUAUUCCACGCUUGUGUUUCAAUGUGCUCUCCAACUACAAAUAAAGAUAUUGAAGAUAAACCAACAAUAACUACUUCUGGAAAUUCAAGAAAUUCAAAUUCCAGUUUAGAUUGCAUGAACAUGAAUCCAUUUGUUUCUAACAAUACAAGUGCUGGUAACUCUGGAAAUGAAAAUGGUGCUACAAAUAAUAGUCGGGACCAAACAAGACCCGUCUGUUUGCGUGAUAUUAUGAGUCGAGUUUCGCAUAUAGAGCCAAGUGGAAAUGCUACUAAUAACUUAACUACAGGUUCAGCAUCCAAUGAUGGUGAAAAUACUUUCGUGCCAUUGUCAUAUUGGCCACCAGAAUAUGAUCCAACAUCUGGUGAUGAAGAUAGCUUAGGUUCUAACACUCAGUCAAGCAAGUCCUAUGUUUCAACAACAUAUGUAUCAGAUCCGAUACAGCGUCGUGAGAAUGCAUGCUAUAUUCUACAACAAAUGUGUAAUAAUUCGGCACUUAAGCCCUAUCUAGUUCAACUACUAAGUGCUAAAGAUGCCCAAGGUCAAACUCCUUUUAUGCUAUCAGUUUCAUGUAGAGCAUAUGAAGCCGGAAAAAUUCUUUUAAACACAAUACUUAAUAUAGCCAAUGGCGAUUCGUCUAUCAGAGAUUCUAUGAUCUUUCCAUCAGGAUCAUUGCCUGAUCAAUCUCCUUUACAUAUAAUUUGUUGUAAUGAUACGUGUUCAUUCACAUGGACUGGAGCUGAUCACAUAAAUCAAAACAUAUUUGAAUGCAAAACUUGUGGUUUGACUGGAUCUCUUUGCUGUUGUACAGAAUGUGCGAAAGUGUGUCAUAAAGGACACGAUUGUAAAUUAAAGAAAACUUCUCCUACAGCUUAUUGUGAUUGUUGGGAAAAAUGCAAGUGCAAAGCAUUAAUCGCUGGUAAUCAGUCUAAAAGAUUUGCUUUGCUAUGUAAAUUGACAACAGAUACAGACUUAGUAACAAAAUUCAACUCACGAGGUGAGUCAAUUCUACUUUUUUUGAUUCAAACAGUUGGACGUCAAAUGAUCGAACAGAGACAGUACCGCGCAACAUCUAGAAUUCGUAAUAACUCCAGCAAUACUAGAAAAACACCUUCUCUUGAAGUUGAUCAAGACAUGCCAGAACACGAUCUAGAACCACCACGAUUUGCCAGGAAAGCUUUAGAGCGUCUUUUGGUUGAUUGGCCUGCUGUGAAAGCAAUGAUAAUGACUGGGGCCGAAGAAGAAUCUCAUUUAUCUUACAAUACACAAAAUAUCGACGAUUAUGAGUCACAUAAUUUAUACUUAAAAUCACAGUGUGGUACAACGUUGUUAGAUAAAUUCACGCACAGUUUAUUCGUUAAAUGUAAUGUAGAUCAUUUGGAAAUUUUAUUAACCACGCUAGUAAGGGAAUUACAAAACUAUUUAAUACCGGGCCGAAUUGACGAAGCUCAAAAGGUGGCAAGACGUUUUGUUCGUUCAGUUGCCCGUGUAUUUGUAAUCUUCAGUUUAGAGAAAGUUCCAAAUCCAGAAAAGCAGAGAAACUCUUCCCAAAGCAGACAUAUUCAAAGUUGCCAGAAAGUAUUUCAUAUUUUACAUAAAAUUGCAAUUGAAGAAUUAUGUGAAACAGCAGAUGCCCUUAUUGCACCAGUAAGACUUGGUGUCGUUAGACCAACAGCACCUUUCGCAAUAACACCAAGUACAAAUGAUAAUUCUGACGAUUUGUUCAGUGUUGAACCUUUAGCCCCACCUGUUUUUAGGAACGCGGAUCAACCUCCAACAUCAUCUGCCGAAGAACCUGGUGGAAUAUCAAACUAUCGUUUAUUGCAAAUGGAUGACAAUAAUGAAACAGAUGCUUUAGGUCAAGGAGAUGGCGAUAUUUCAGAGCAAGAUGAUGUUUUAGAUAAUAGUCGAUCAGGUGCUCGUCCUAUAGAAGAAGAAGCUGCCGAUGCUUUAAGAAAUGAAGACGUGCAACCAGAAGGUGAAAGUGACAACGAAUUUAACUUUCAAGAAGCAGAAACAGAAUCUGAUUCUGAUGAUAAUCAGAGCACUCAAGAUGCACAAAGGAGUGUUCAAACAGGUGCAACGGCCGGAUCCGAUACAGGUUUACAAUCAUUAUUACUAUUUGAAGAUGAGUCUGGUGAUUCAUCACCACCUGACGAUGAAGCGUCUGAUGACGGGGAAACUGAUGAACAUUCUGAAGAAGGAUUUGUUUUAAAUGAUGACCAACUAGAAAGACGUAAUGGCAAUGGAAAUUCCAGAAACAAUUCGGCUCCACAAUCUAUGCAAUGGGCUAUACGUAAUCGAGAAUCAAGUCGAUCAUCUGUACGUUUACCGACUGGUUCUAGUUUGGUGUUUAUAGAUCCAAUGGCUUUGAGGAGAUCAGCUGUCUCAAGUUCAGCUGUGACAGCAGCAUCACAAGAGCCUCACACAAUGGCAACAACAGCAAGCAGUUUAGCUAGAGCAUUUGGAAUAGUUAUAAGACAAAUUUCUGAUUUAAUGACAGGUUUAUCCGAAAUGUUAGCACAAUCGUCACAUUUUCAACUUAAAGUGACAUAUGAGGAAGCUGUGGAGCUGCAAAAAUAUUUAGAAACACGUUUAAAACCAACAUGGGAUUGGAUGCUGAGGGUAAUGGAUGCAACAGAAGCUCAAUUAAAAUUUGGGGCAUCUCUCACAAACUCUACCGACCCCUCACACCCUCUACAUCCGUUAAAUACAACCGCGCAGAGUGGUAAUGGAAACACCUCGUCGCAUGGAAUCAAUCUUCUAGGAACAACCGCACAACCAAGAAAUAGAAGUCAAGGAGGUGAUACAACUCAAAAUAAUGCCACAUCUAAUACUAGAAUUGUAGGAUUUUCCAACUCCGAUAAUCAACGAAAUUAUGACAGAGAGGCUUCCACAUACACCCAAGCUUCUCGUAGAGAAUUUUUCACUUAUUGCUUGUCGUUGAUGCGAGCACAUACUUCCGAACAUAGAGAUUCGUUGCCAGUUUUAGACGUUACGGCGUUAAGGCAUAUUGCAUAUGUUCUCGAUGGAAUAGUUUUUUAUAUGCGCGGCGGUAUGAAUUCCACUGAAAAUGAAAAGGUUGACGUAGGAACAUGGAAUGAUCAAGAUGAAAAUGAAAACGAUGAUACUGAAGACGAAUUGGGUGUUGUAAUGGGGGAUAAUGAUCCAACCGAAGAUGAAUUAUUGACAGCGUCUGGAAAUAUAUCUUCACUCGGAAAACGUCACAGUUUCUUUCAAAGAUCAGAAUCAACUUUGUGUUUAGGCUGCCCAGCUCCAGAUCCUUUUAAUACACCAUUACAAAUUGCUUUACCAUUAGCAGACAAGCCACAUUUGUUACAACCCGGUGUAAAACGUGAGGAAUUGUUUUCUAAUCUAUCCUUGCCAAUUACGACUGAAGUGGCUAGUGAUAUUCCUGGACUUAACUCUUCGUUGGAAAUUCCACCGACCAGACUGGGUUUAUCACCAUCUUUUGAGCAAUUAACAAAUGAAUCUUCAAGAUCUCAAUAUAUAUCUACGUCAAGUUCAUCAUCAAUAAUUAACCAAAACACAAAUAUAGUUCCGCAACCUAGUACAUCAACAUCUGCUAGUAAUGUUAGUAGUAUUGAACAACAUUCUGCAAUAAUUCAUCAAUCAACAAAUGUGGCGGGUGAAUCGUCGUCGUCUCAAAAUCUUCGUAGUGAAGGUUCAUCAAAUGAAAGUAACUCAACUUAUAAAUCCAACGAAAACUAUGGAAAUUUAUACGUUCAACUAAAAAAGAAAAAUUAUUACGACCAGCACGAGGACGAAUCAAAGUCUAAAAAUGAUAGUCCCCAAGAUUUAUCAGUUUCGCCUGCGAAAAUAUUCAAAUCUAGCAAUGAUCAAUCCAAAAGGCAUUUUCAAAUGGAAAUUGAUUACGAUGAAGAGGACGACGAUGAAAGUGAUGAUGAAAGGCAACCCCCUCCUCCACCAACGGAACAGCAAUCGAAUGUGAAUCAAGCGAAUGGACAGGCAUCAUAUGACGCCACUGAAUACGAAAUGAACACGGUUCGUCCUCAAAUAAUAGUAACACCAAGAAAAGUAGUGGCUGCAAUUGAAUCCGUAACAGCAGCAAUUUUGGCGAAGAAUAAUAAAAGUUCGUUAUCUGAAUUAGUUAAACCUGAAAUUCCAAUAACCCUUUUACCAUCAUCGUUCAUACCAAUAACAGAUAACAAAAAUCAACAACAGCCUGAUGGACAACAACCAAUUUCUGACACAGGAACAAGCUCAACAGUAGAGGCUAAUUUGGCUACUUCGAAGAAAAGUUCACCCUCAAAGAGUGUUAUCGUUAGAGCUGGACCAUCGUCUUCAUCAAGUUCAAUGGAUGCUAUUCAACAUACAGAAAUUAUGGAUACUCAAGAAAUUUCGGCGCAUGUUACAGUUGAAACAACACCAUCCACUAUUCCAAUGCAAGUAUUACCUGCACGUGGUAAUAUGUUCAGAUCAAAUAUGGUAUCAAAUCCCCCUACAUGGAAUCUUUUACUUGGACGUUGGAAAUUAUCACUAGAUUUAUUCGGCCGAGUGUUUAUGGAAGACGUUGGUUUAGAACCUGGUUCAAUUGUUUCUGAGCUUCGCGGUUUUCCGGUUAAAGAGACCCGCUUUAGACGAUAUAUGGAAAAGCUUCGAAAUAGUCAACAACGUGAUUUAACUUUAUUAAAAAUUGAAAGAAAUCGUGCUAGUUUGAUAACUCAGACGUUUAAGGAAUUAAAUACACAAUUUGGUAACCAAAAUAGACGUGGACACCCGCCAUUAACAUUUAAUAGGGUAAAAGUAACAUUCAAAGAUGAACCAGGUGAAGGCUCGGGUGUUGUUAGGAGCUUUUAUACAUCAAUUGCCGAGGCGCUAUUAGCUAACGAAAAACUACCAAAUUUAGAAUCUGCUCAAGUAGGUUCAAGUAAAUAUAGUGGUUCAUUUACGAACAUGUUAAGAAAUCGUAGUUCGAGUAGUAGAGAAACGGCGCCAUCUUCAUCAUCUUCAAGACGUGCAAGUAGUAAUAAUAAAAUAUUAUGGAGAACUAACAGAGAUCGUAAAACUUUAAAUUAUGACGCCAGACCAUAUAUUCCAAUUACGCACGGCCUUGAUGGUGCGCCUGUAAAUCCAAGUAUGAAUGAUCAUCUAUCUAUACAUUUACAACAACUUGGAGAACGAUUAUAUCCAAAAGUCCACACAAUAAGUUCGACACAUGCUUCAAAAAUUACUGGAAUGCUUUUAGAAUUGCCGCCGGCACAACUACUGAUAAUUCUUGCUGCUGAAGAUACCCUGCGUCAAAAAGUUAAUGAAGCUUUAGAAAUAAUAUUAUAUAAACAAAAACCCGAAAUAGGAAAUAAUGUGGCGAACAGUAACUCAUCUUCAAAGAAAAUGAAUCCUGUUGUAGUUUUAGAAACAUGUCAACUAGAGGACAAUGCACCAUUAUUUUAUUCACCCGGAAAACGAGGAUUUUAUAGCCCUAGACAAGGAAACUCAUCCUUUGAGAGAAUAAAUGCUUUUAGAAAUAUUGGAAGAUUAAUUGGUCUUUGUUUAUUGCAAAAUGAAUUGCUUCCACUGUUUCUACAGCGCCACGUACUGAAAUUUAUUUUAGGAAGACAGAUUAGAUUUCAUGAUUUAGCAUUUUUUGACCCCUCUGUAUAUGAAUCAUUAAGGCAACUAGUUUUAGAUUCUCAAACUGAAGAAGGUUCAGAAAUGAUUUCAAAAUUAGAAAUUUUCUUUGUGAUCGAUUUAUGUAAAGAAGAAGGCGGUGAUAGUAUUGAAUUAAUUCCAGGAGGUCGAGAUAUACAAGUAAAUGAACAUAAUAUAUAUGAUUAUGUUCGAAAAUAUGCUGAAUAUAGAAUGGUUAAAAGUCAAGAAAAAGCUCUUGAGGCAUUAAGAGACGGAGUGUUUGAUGUAUUACCAAAUGGAGCUCUUGAAUCAUUAACAGCAGAAGACUUAAGAUUAUUAUUAAAUGGUGUAGGUGAUAUCAAUGUAGCAACUCUUAUCUCUUAUACAACAUUCAACGAUGAAUCCAGUGAAGAAUCUGAUAAAAUAAUUAAAUUCAAACGAUGGCUCUGGAGUAUUGUAGAAAAAAUGAACAAUUUGGAACGUCAAGACUUGGUUUACUUUUGGACUGGAUCACCCGCUUUACCAGCUUCAGAAGAAGGUUUUCAACCUAUGCCAUCGGUCACAAUAAGACCAGCUGAUGACCAUUUACCAACUGCGAAUACAUGUAUAUCUCGUCUGUAUAUUCCUCUCUAUUCAAGUAAAGCAGUUCUUAGACAUAAAUUAUUACUUGCGAUAAAAUCCAAAAACUUUGGUUUUGUUUAAUAAUAAUUUUAAAUUUUUAAAAUUGAAAUUCAAAAUAUUUUUUGUUCUUUAUUAUCUUAAUCAUAAUAUAUUUCAUUGAAUUUAAUGUUUUUCCCUUUUUUUAUUUUAUUAUAUAGAUAACAUUAAAGCAAAAAAAAAAAAAUAAUUUUAUUUAAAAAUAAAAUUUACAUGAUAAAAUAAUAUAAAUGUUAAAAAACCUAAAAAAAAAUAUUAC